AAAGAUCCAUUAUAAUGGAAAUAACAGCAAAUAAUUGCCCAGCGAAAUGCUUUAUUUACCUUGGCAGUCGUCCAAAGUGCCAAUUAUGUAACGCGGUAGCCAAACCAUAAAAAGCAUACAUAUGGAUGUAUAAUUCAACAGGGCAGCCGCCACAACUGGUCGACACUUUUACUUUCUUUUGAUGGCCAACAAUAAAACUAUCUGUUGUGCUGUGUGUUGUGCCUUAGCCAAAAAGGUUUCGGUUAUUAAGUUAUUUCGGUGGUCAAAUGAGAGACGAUAAAUAAUGAUAAUUACCUUAGUGGAAAUGUUUGGACCCACUUUACAACGGUGGGUGGUAUGUGCCGCAUAUAAACAAGGUACUUUUAGUAUCAUCAUUAUCAAAAGUUGAUUUCUGAUUUUUCUCAGCAAAUAAUUAAAUUGACUUUGUAUAACACGUAAACCAUUAGGUUCUUUUAUAUAUUUCAUCCCUUUGUGUCAUCAUAAAAAGCAUGUCUGCAGUUUUGUGAACAUUUGUAAUUGUGAAUUGCUGGCUUUAUUAAACACGUUUUAAUUAGACGCUUCACUGUACUGGCUGCACUUGAUAAGUUUCUUGUUUCCGAUUGAUACGCCCUGCGCAUUCGAAAUAUACCCUCCCCUCGGAUACCCACUGAUUUGUACCCAUUUUUAAUUAACUGGCCGAAAAGGUAAAACGCAAUCGAAAUGUAAACAAAAGAAGCUAACACGUCACAGUGCGCAAUGUUGUUGUCUGAUGUCUGAUCGAAAGUUUUUCGUAUUUCGGCAUUCUUUUUAUUAUUAUUUCUUUUUUUGUUUUUUUUUUGGUUUUUUGUAUUUGCUGCAGGGCCUCUGCAGAAGUUGGUCGAUGUGGUUUUUGUAACCGGCGGUUCGAACCGUUGACAGUUUUCGAAUUGGUCUUCAGUUGAGUUCGCGUCGCGCUGCGUUGAGGUUCAGGUUGAGGUUGAAUUCCUCCAAGAGAUUCGCUUCCGUGAAAGUGAAACUCUCAGAUACUUGCGGCUAAGUCGAGAUGCGGUGCAGCCUGAGGAUGCGGCUGAUCCUGCUCCUGGGACUCUGUGUGUUCGUCUCCAGAACGCAAGGCCAGCUGAUUGGUGGCGAGGAGGACGAAGAGGACGAGGAGGAGGAGGAAGAGGAGGAGGAGAGCGUCGAGGACGAAACGCCGGAGGACCGACUGCAGCGCAAGAACAUCAAACAAGAUUCCACUCUCAGUGUGGACAAAUUAAUCGCCAAGUACGGCUACGAGGCGGAGGUGCACCAUGUGACCACCGAGGACGGAUACAUUCUCACCAUGCACCGCAUCCGCAAGCAGGGCGCCCAGCCCUUCCUCCUGCAGCACGGACUCGUGGACAGCUCGGCGGGAUUUGUGGUAAUGGGGCCCAACGUGAGCCUGGCCUACUUGCUGGCCGACCACAACUACGAUGUCUGGCUGGGAAACGCGCGGGGCAAUCGCUACUCGAGGAACCACACCACCCUCGACCCGGAUGAGUCCAAGUUCUGGGACUUCAGUUGGCACGAGAUCGGCGUGUACGACUUGCCGGCGAUGAUUGAUCACGUGCUAAAGGUCACCGGUUUCCCGAAACUGCACUACGCCGGCCACUCGCAGGGAUGCACCUCCUUCUUCGUGAUGUGCUCCAUGCGUCCCGCCUACAACGCCAAGGUCGUCUCCAUGCAGGCCCUCGCCCCCGCCGUUUAUGCCAAGGAGACCGAGGACCAUCCCUACAUCAGGGCCAUCAGUCUGUACUUCAAUAGCCUGGUAGGCAGCUCGAUUAGGGAGAUGUUCAACGGGGAGUUCCGUUUCCUGUGCCGGAUGACGGAGGAGACGGAACGCCUGUGCAUCGAGGCUGUGUUUGGCAUCGUGGGUCGCAACUGGAACGAGUUUAACCGGAAAAUGUUCCCCGUGAUCCUGGGUCACUAUCCGGCAGGAGUGGCGGCCAAGCAGGUGAAGCACUUCAUCCAGAUCAUCAAGAGCGGUCGCUUUGCGCCGUACAGCUACAGUUCGAACAAGAACAUGCAGCUGUACAGGGAUCACCUGCCGCCGCGUUACAACCUGAGUAUGGUGACAGUGCCCACUUUCGUGUACUACUCCACCAAUGAUCUGCUGUGCCAUCCCCACGAUGUGGAGUCCAUGUGCGAUGACCUGGGCAACGUGACGGGCAAGUACCUGGUGCCGCAGAAGGAGUUCAACCACAUGGACUUCCUCUGGGCCAUCGAUGUGCGGAAAAUGCUCUACCGGCGCAUGCUGCAGGUGCUCGGAAAACUGCCCGAGGGCUCGCCAGAAGAGGCUAAUCGAUUAAGGAGGCAAGUCCGGGGCCGAUUCAUACCGUCUUGAGUAUGUUAAAUUUAACUAGUAAUUUUACGUAUUUAUUUGGACAUUAAUUUAUUAUUUUAUAAGCUAAACUCGGAGCUUCGUAUAUAUUAGCUGUUAAUUUAUGUAGUUUUCUCAUGUAUAAUUGUAUAUGACGUACCGUGUCGAUUUCAGCCUGUUUCAUAUUAAAGAUAUCAAAGCUACUUGGCUACUCCCAAUUUAAAUAUUUAUUUAUUUAUUUGCGUUCCGUUGUACUUUGCUUUAAAUAUGGAAAAGAUGCCCCCGUAUUUGCAUAGCAUUUCGCAUUCUCAAGUGUGCAUGGCCAACUCCGGCGGAAGCGGAAGUCAAGUGUUUCUUUCGCCCCACAAAAGCCGUAACAGAUUUUGCAUCAACAUCAGCCAGCUGGCGGGCCAAGAUACAUGCAUUUGUAAGCAGAUUUCCUGCAAGCACAAUUUUCCAUUUUCCCCAGUGCCUUCUACUGGGCCAACAGCUGACACCGGGGCCAAGAAGCUGCCGCAUUUCCCGCUUUCCCGCAUUUCCCGCCUUUCCUGCACCCCCACUUUCUGGGGCUCUUAGCCCACAUUGUCUUUCCAUUUGCAUUUGGGUGGAGCUCAGCUGUGCUCAGAUGCGCUUUUCCUGCAACACCAGCACCAGCCAAGUUAAGUGAAAAACUGUGUCUAAGUUGGCGACAAUGGCAACUGGCUCGUGGCUCAGAACUAUAGUACAGAGCCGA